AUGACAGAAGAUAUUAGAUCACGUAUUACAAUGUUGUUGGACAAUUCAAAUAAAAUUGUGAAAUUACUAACUAACACGAAGAAGUGCGCUCGAGCUAAGAUUACAAGAGGAUAUUUGGAUGCACGUUUAGAGAUGCUAUGUGAGUACUGGUCAUCAUAUAAUAAACAAUAUGAGUACAUUACAACUACAUAUUCAGAUUCGGAUGUUAAGCCAUAUAACCUCGAUCUAGAGGAAAAUUAUAAUUCUACUGAAGAGGCUUACUUAGAUCUCAAGACCUGGAUAAAAGAUUGGUUAUACGAGUCUAGUUUAACUGGGGAAGCAGCAGAAUUAUUAAAGAAUUUCACACUUACCGAAGCUAAUUAUCUCGAUGCAUGGAAAAAGCUGGAAGAAAGAUACGACAACAAGAGGAUUAUUGUCAACAACAUACUGAAUCGCUUAUUAAGUCAAAAGAAGUUAGCUGGCGAAUCAACUAAAAGUCUCAAAGAAUUAUUAGACACUACUAGUCAAUGUCUUGACUCGUUGAAAAAUCUCAACAUAUGUAUUUCUAACUGGGAUGCUAUUUUAGUAUAUGUCAUUGUCGGAAAGUUAGACUCCGAAUCACAUAAACUUUGGGAGCAGUCUCUUGGUAAUUCUAUUGAGAUUCCUACUUAUGCCGAUUUAGCUUCUUUCUUGGAGAAUAGAUUCAGAACACUAGAAAUGAUUAGUUCAACUCAAGUCAAAGAACUGUCAAAAAAGAUAUACACACCACAAAAAUUUACAUCUGUCAAAACUUACGCUACUGAAGUAAAUAGUACUUGCACAUAUUGUUCACAGAACCAUUAUAUUUGUCAUUGUAAGAAAUUUGCUACACUUACCAAAUCAGAACGUCAAUAUUUUAUAAAAACGAACAACAUCUGCUUCAACUGUUUGAUUAAGGGUCAUUCCGUGAAACAAUGUCGGCAAAGCACAACCUGUAAAAAAUGUGGACGACGUCAUCACACUUUGCUGCAUUUAACAACUCUUAACAAACCAGAGAUUACAACUGAGAGAAAUGAGUCAGUACAGAGUCCCUCUACGUCUUGUCAUACUGCUAACACGAAACCUGAAACAAAUAAUAAACAAGUUAUUUUACCUACAGCUCAAAUUAAAGUAAAGGCAAAGAAUGGCUCUACUUACGUUCUCAAGGCACUUGUAGACCAGGGCUCUCAGGCUUCUUUUAUUACUGAAGCAGCUGUACAACUGUUGAAUCUUGAUCGCACACCUGUAAUUGGUAAAAUUACUGGAAUAUCCAAUUCACAAGGAGUUACUACUAAGUCUAUGGUAACACUCACAAUUCAUUGUAAAAACCCAUCACUUUCACGUAUUGAAGUUAACGCUUAUGUACUUAGAAAACUGACUUCAAUACUACCGCCUCGAGAAUUUCCACAAGGUACUUGGCCUUCAUCAAUGCAAUUAGAUCUAGCUGAUCCUGAUUUUCACAAGCCGAGUCCUAUAGAUGUUUUAUUGGUUCACAAUGUGACUGUAGCUCAUACUAAAUUGGAGGUGAAUCAGUUACUUAGGCAGUUUUGGGAGAUCGAAGAGCACGUUCCUCACAAAAAGCCUAUGUCUACAUCAGAAGUACAAUGCGAGAAACACUAUAAGGAUACUUACACACGUAACGAUGAUGGUCGAUACAUAGAUUGCUUGCCAUUUAAAGAGUUUCUUUCCACAAGUCUUGGUAAUUCACAAACCUUGGCUAUUAAUCGUCUGCAACAGAUGGAGAAGAGAUUUUUACACAAACCUGAAUUUAGAAGUCAAUAUAGUAACUUUAUGGAUGAAUACCUGUCACACGAACAUAUGGAGAUGAUUCCUGAAAAUGAACUUAAUACUAAUAAAAAUAUAUACUACUUACCUCACCAUGCUGUCCUUAGGCCGUUGAGCUUGAGUACAAAGUUGCGCGUAGUCUUCGAUGGUAGUGUUGAACCUGCAAUUGAAAAAUCAAUAAACGAUGAAUUGUUUAUCGGUCCUCAUCUUCUUCAAAAUAUUCGAUACUUCAUUACAAGAUGGAAACAACACAAAAUAUGUUUAUUUGUAGAUAUACAGAAGUCGAUACAUCGACAGAUACUUGUAUCUAAAAAAGAUAUAGAUCUUCAAAGAGUCGUAUGGCGUGAAUCUCUCAAUGUUCCUAAUGAAGAGGACAGAUUACUUACAGUAACCUACGUUUGGUCUUGUGUUCCUUUCUUAGCCAUCCGUACACUGCACCAACUUGCUGAAGAUGAAUGUGAAAUUAUGGCUAGCUGCAUUGGAUUGGGAUGAGGAGCUAUCACUAGAAGUAAAAACUGAAUGAUUCACUUACCUAAAUAAAUUUUCUCACAUGCAAAUCAUACAAUACCCUUUCCAAGAUGGCUCAGCAUUUCAAAUACUACUACUAGAUUAGAAUUACAUGGCUUCAACGAUGCAUCUUGUGCUGCUUAUGUUGCUGUUGUCUACAUCAGAGUUUGGAAUGCCAAAGAUGUUAAUGUUCAUUUAGUUUUCGCGAAAACACGUGUAGCUUCAGUAAAACAAGUUACAUUGCCACGACUUGUGGUGCUAUUUAUACUAGCCAAGAUGUUGAGCAGCCUUAAAACUGUUUUGAGAAUACAAAAUAAUUGUGUGUUCACUUGGACUGAUUCUACUAUAGUUUUAACGUGGUUACGUAAAACACCUGGUGCUUGGACAACAUUUGUUGCUAAUCGAACAGCAGAAAUUUUAACUAUCGCAAAUAGUAGUCAAUGUCGUUAUAUUGAUACUUUUAAUAAUCCUGCAAAUUUAAGCUUACGAGGUUUAAAUCCGAAUGAUUUGAGACAGUCAAAACUAUGGUAGAACGGCCCUGAUUUUCUAAGUCAACCCGAUGAUAUUAUAAAUAAUGAUAUAGAUAUUCCUGAAACAGACUUAGAAGUUAAAACAAAAGUUAAAGUUCACAUUUGUAUCACUGAAAAUAAUGAUAUUACUGACUACAUAAACAAAUAUUUAAACCAUUUAUUCAAUGCUGUAAAAACAAAAUUAAUUCAAUUAGAAGGGAUUGUAAUUGUUAUUUAACUGCUUCUGAAAUAAAAAUUGUUUUGCUUGUAUGUACUCGUUGGUCACAAGCUAUUUUAAAGAUGAGAUUGAAACUUUAACUCACAACAAGCAAAUUCACAAAAGAAGUAAGUUUUAUAUACACUUAAUCCGUUUCUUGAUGAACAAAAGAUACUAAGAGUGGGUGGCAGACUAGUGAAUGCAGAGGUUUCGAACUAUCUAUAGUCUCAUAUUAUUUUAAGUAACAAAUGUCAUUUAUGUAAACUAAUUGUUUCUGAUGCACAUAUUAAAUCUUUGCAUGGUUACUUGCAACUUACCUUUAAAUUACGUCAGACAGAGGUAUUGGAUUAUUCGUUUAAAGUCUUGUUACAAGUACUGUGAAUAAAUGUAUAUCUUGUUUUAAACAACAAACAGUAGCAAAUAUAUCAUACUCUCUAGUGUCCAGUACAAAUGGUCUAAAUAUAUUCUAAUGUUAAGCUAACAAUUUCUUUAAGACUUGUAGCUAAGUUGUGCCCUCUGCCACUGAAUAACUAAAAUUUGUUAAUUUUUUCUAACAGUUAUGUAGUAAUUUGAUUUCUAUCAUCUCACUUUGUGUUACAUGUUAACAUAUUGUGAAGGACUAUAGUAGUCCUUGGGUGGCGGAAUGUUUAAUUAAUAAUUGUUAUAUGAACUCUUUGCUGACCCUUUAUACAAAAAAAGAAAAAUAAUGUUUUUAUCUGACACUUUCGAUUGUGACGUUCUUGUACAAAAUUAAUAAACACAUUCAAGAUCAAGAUUCGACUUUAU